AUGCUCUCGGUCGAUGAGCUAAGUGUGACAUGGAUGCAUCUGGACCGCGUCAUGUUCUUGACUGUUGAUGACACGACUAUCACGCUCAUUCCAAGAUUUCGCGUGACGCGUGAGGAAGUGAGUACAUAUCGUGGUACGCUACAGUUUAGUGUGCCAGGUCAUGCAGCGGUACAACGGGUUAUACGUGUGCGUCCAGUCCCACCGGAGUUCAUCGACGAGGAGAGCAGCCCCUCUCACGUGGCGGUGCAGGAGGGGAAUGAUGUCCGCCUCGUGUGCAGGGCCAAAGGUGUUCCGAAACCGAGCAUUCACUGGACCCGAGAAGACGGCAAGACAUUCACCACCGUGCGAGGGAGUCAAGUGAGGAAAAUCGAGAGUGAGGAGCUGGUGUUGAACGGAGUUACAAGGAAAGACAUGGGGGCUUACCUCUGCAUAGCUUCCAACAAGGUUCCUCCGUCAAUAAGUAAACGCAUCGUUCUGGAGAUACACUUCCAGCCCCUGAUCACAGUGCCAAACCAGCUGGUCGGGGCACCCAUUGACACCACCGUGACCCUCGAGUGCCAGGUCUCCGCUUUCCCCAACGCCGUGCACUUCUGGCGUUUCAAGAGCCAGCUUUUGAUCAAUUCGACGCGACAGGAAACUCAAGAGAUUAAGAACGGAUACAAGACAACCAUGAGAUUAUCUCUGAGGAACCUUCGUGAUACUGAUUUCGGGACGUAUGUGUGCGCUGCCAAGAACUCGCUGGGGGAAACGGAGAGUAAUGUGAGGCUGUACGAGAUUGUGGUUCCUCGCGGUUCAGACGAUCGAGAAGAUGAGACUCACGACGAAUUAGUCCUUCCCGAGCAUCACAACGACGUGCGACCCAUAGAACCCUGGAGACGGUCAGGCACAGACUCAGACCUGGACUCGGACACCUCGGGCUACACACUCAACGAGAACAACUACAUCCGAAACCGCAGCCCCAUGACCAACGGGGGCGCGGGGGGCAUCCGUGGCAGCAGUACCAGCGGCAGAGCGGGCAUGAGCAGCAGCACCAGUGGCAUCAGCAGCAGCACCACCACAGCGUAUGUCCCCUCACUCGGUGUCCAGGGGCGUACUGGUGGGUUUGCUGCUUGUACUCGUCCACGGUGUCCUCGUGGGAACAGCCUCGAUAAGCCCCGCCCUCGCGCGAGGAUUCAUGGGCCUCAUGUGACAGGCGUCGAGGAGGCGAUGAGAGGCGAGGACCAGCCGUGGGAGUUAAUUAAAAGGGUUGAUAAUGCUCCUUACCAUCCUUUCCUAAAUGUUCCUUCCUUACUGUUACUCUUUAUUCCCUUUUAAUCGUCUUUGUUUCGCUGUUUCUACGUCCUUCCCAUGAUAAGCGGCCAAAAUUGGUUGUUCGGUAGUGAAAGGGUUAACACUGCUCUUUAAGAUUCCUAGAUACUUCAUCCCUCUUGCUGUUUAUCCCUUUCUUUGCUUGAUCGUCUUUUACUUCCCUCUUUCUUCAUCCUUUCUAUUCCCCCCAAAAAGUGGCCAAAUUUGGCUCUCGGUCGUGAAAGGGUUAAAGCUGUUCCCCCGAUUUUCCUAAAUGUUCCUCCCUUAACUUUUUGAUCUCUUUAUUUCCUUGCCUUUCCCCUCCUUUCGUCUCUUCCCCUUAAACCUCCUUACCCAAAUCUCUCAUUAGGACAGAGCCUACAUAUCUUUGAAGUGUACAUAACAAUUAAGCUUGUGUAGACAAAUUCAUGUGGUUUACACAUCUGUCCUGACUACAAGUAUACUUAUAACAUGUACAGUAUAUAUUUACGUAGGUAUACGUCACUCUUGGGUGGAUGUUGACGAGAGGAGAAACAGAAAUAUAUGUAUAGUGUAUGUGAUCGCUUUUCAAACAGCUUUGUUCAGCAAUACAAUUUAUUGCAGCUGUUCAGAAUAAUAACUGUUAAAAAAGUCAUUGCCAAAUAGCUACUUGACAACGUGAAGUGGGAGAUACUUUUCUUUUUUUUCAUUACAGCUCUAGAGCGAAAUAAGUGUGUGAGUGCUUGUUUCUGUGUUCGUGUAUGUGUGUGUUUGUGUUUUUGUGUUCGUGUGUUUGUUUAAGUGCCUGUGCGUGCAUGUGCAUGUGUGUGUCUGUUUAUGCAUGCGUGUGUAUGAAUGUACGAGAAUGUGGGUGGAUGUAGGCUCAUGCAUUGCCAAAGAAUCAUACAAAAAAUGUGAAUAACCCUGCCAAAUGGACAAAGGAAUUAUUGCUCUCCAUAUAUUACACGUUUUAGAAUCAUGACUCCCAACAUAUGGUCACAAGAGCUUGAAGUUCUAUUCACCAAAAAAAAACCCAACUUUUGAUUCCUGAAGAUAUGAAAGAAGUGACGCAAGAUUAGCGUAAUAAAUGAGAGAGAUAGAGAAGGAGAAAGAGUAAACGAGAGAUAGGAAGACAAUAAAAAACAUACACAUACAAACAAAUAAUCAAGAAUGAGAAAUACACAGACGAGAAUGAAAGAAAGAGAGAGAAAAAAAGAAAAAAACGAUAUUUCUAUCUCUUUUGAUCUACUUUCAUCUAAAUCUUACCCCUCCUUCUCCUCUUCCUCUUCCUCCCCUUUGUCUUCGUCUUCUUUAUCCUUCUCUUCCUCCUCCUUCUCCUCCUUCAUCUCCUCCUCCUCUUCAUCCUCAUCC